ACAUUUUAUUGAAGACUCCUUGGCCCCAUUCAUUGGAUCUGUGCUCCUUGUAUAUGUACAGGGCUCCUCGAAGUGAAGUGGGCGUGGGGACAAGGCUAGCUUCUUGCUAUAUAGGCUUUUGCUCUCUCAAAACUCUCAUUCAUUCAUUGCAUGCUAUCAUCCCAUGGCCGCCAUCAAAUCUCGACGAGAGGCAAAACCUCCUGUGGGCGUGGCACCUCCCAAACCAAAGACCUCCACUUUUGUCCUCCCUCACACAAAACUUCCACCAUCGUUCAAAAAACCCUUGGCUUUGAAGUCACCCCCCACGAACGAAGGAGACUAUGGCCCUCAGCCAUCACGAGGGGGGAUCUCCCCAUCUGUGGGGGGUCCUGAGGAGGGGCUGUCCGAGGCUCAGCAACAGCUGCACAAACUACUAGCCAAGCAAUUGGACACAUCCACGUCAUCAUCUGUUGAGAGUGCAUUGAGUCAUGUACGUGAGUUCACUCCAGCAGUGGUGUACCGCCCCCUGGCUGACGAGAGGAAGGGUGUGGCCUCACUGACACAGUUUGUGUCCCGGGAAGAGGAGAUGGAGUGGGUGGAGUCACUCAGAGGGCUGGGGCUUACACAGCACGAGAUAGAACUGAAGCUAAUACAGGCUAAUCCCGCCGCUAAGAAGAGGAGGUUAGGGGCAGAGCCUAGUGCUCAGCGGGAGAGGAUAAAUGCAGUCAACCAGAAAAUAUCCGAGAGACUAAAAAUGAUCGAAGAGCCUACUACAUACCAUGGUGUUAAGCCAAUGAGUAGACAUGCUAUGGAGGUGGAGAGGAGCUUGUUCAGAGGCUCUGAUGGGGGAAAUUCCCUCGAUCACCUGACUCGAGAAGAGAGGGGUGGUACUCACAAAACGGCAUAUCCAAAAAGCAUUAUGCCAGUAUCUUCAGAGCAAGAGAGCCCCGCCCACUCUGUGGACCACACACAUGUGGCCGAGGGACCCGUACAGCUGCCAAUACAAGUCAUUGAGAGAAACCGACUCACUGAGGCAGAGAUCAGAGCACUACCACGGUUCAGAAACUACCAGCCUGGACCACCCACUAAGGUGUUGUAUCUGAAGAACCUCCACUCGAAGGUGUCAGCUGAUGACCUUAGAGCAUUAUUUGGUGGUGGGCCACAGAUCAGACUAUUGACAGGGAGAAUGAGAGGGCAGGCAUUCCUGGAGUUUGAUUGUAACUGUUGAGAAUGCCUCGGAAGCCCUGGACCAAGUGAACGGCUACAAGAUGAGAGACAGACCUGUCAUUAUUAGCUAUGGCCGAACAGACUCCAAUGCAAGUAAAGUAUUAUGAUUUUAUAGCUCACUCAAUUUCAUAAUUUGUUCGUGUUACUUUUAUCCCAACAGAGAGAUUACAAAAACAUGACAACUGUUGUUACAGACAGACAGCACUACAUUGUAAAUAUUAUGAUGUUAUUGUAAUGCAAUAAAAAUUAUUUGCAAUUGGGACAAUAA